AUGCACGCUGCCUAUGUUCGCCCAGGAGGAGUGGCUCUGGACCUCCCAUUGGGCCUCAUGGAAAAUGACAUCUACGAGUUUUGCAGCAAAUUUGGAGAGCGUAUCGAUGAAAUGGAAGACGUUUUGACUGCCAACCGCAUUUGGAAACAGCGAACCGUCGAUAUUGGUAUCGUUCCCGCCGAAGACGCAUUUCAUUACGGUUUCAGUGGUGUCAUGUUGCGCGGAUCUGGAAUCAAGUGGGACCUGAGGAAAACUCAACCUUACGACGCCUAUGAUUUGGUUGAAUUUGACGUUUCCGUGGGACUAAAAGGCGACUGCUGUGAUAGAUACCUGUGUCGUGUUAAAGAGAUGCGGGAAUCUCUCCGCAUCAUCGAUCAAUGCCUGAAUAAAAUGCUGGCGGGUGAGGUCCGUGUGGACGAUGCCAAGAUCAUGGCGCCCAAGCGAUCCGAAAUGAAGACGUCGAUGGAAGCUCUCAUUCAAGUUGUUCACACAGGGCUACAACGUGAAUUUGGUGUGUAUCUCGUUUCUGACGGUUCUUCACGCCCAUAUCGCUGCAAAAUCAAGGCGCCAGGUUUCGCCCAUCUGGCCGCGUUGGAGAAAGUCGGCCGCAACCACAUGCUCGCCGAUAUUGUUGCCGUCAUUGGUACACUGGAUGUGGUUUUUGGAGAAAUUGAUCGCUGA